AACGCGAACUACAUCAUCCUGUGCAUCGACCCGGACGCGCCCGCGCCCGCCUCGCAGGUGCUGCACUUCCUCGGCACAGACUUCUCGCCCGCCCCAGGGAUCGGCACGAACUUGAGUAGCGACGUUGACGCAGCGCUAGAGUAUGCGCCCCCUGCCCCGCCGCAGGGGACGGGACGCCAUAGGUAUGUCUGGUUGCUGUACAGGCAGCCGAGGGGGUUUGUCAUCAGCGAUGUGCCGGAGAAUAGGACCGGGUUCGAUGUGCAGGCGUGGAGAGGGAAGAAUAGUCUUGCAGAGGCGGUAGCGGGGACUUUCUUUGUCGCG